GAGGUCCUGGGGAGGCUGGGAGGAGCAGAGCACGCUUUGCGCUGAGGCUGGGGGAUCAGUCUUUCCGGGGCGGUCCCUAGCGGCGGUGCAUUCCAGAGUCAUCCGUGUGGCGCGUGGAGUUCUGAGCACUCAUCCCAGCCUCUGCUGCGCGCUCCCGGACUUGGGAGCCCGAGCACGUUCCUGGCGGCAGCAGAGCUGAGGUUCCAGAGCUGGGGGUUAGCUUGAAGCUGCGUGAUCCCCUGCGAUCCGUGGGGACCUGGAAAAGCAUCGAUCACUGCUUGUAAAGCCUAAGCGUGGAUCGGGAUCGGAUCGAGGGGCCAACAUGGAUGCUAUCAGCCAAUCACCUGUGGAUGUCCUGCUUCCCAAGCACAUCCUGGAUAUCUGGGCCAUUGUCCUCAUCAUCCUGGCUACCAUUGUCGUCAUGACCUCCUUGUUUCUGUGCCCAGCCACUGCAGUCAUCAUCUAUCGAAUGCGGACUCAUCCGGUUCUCAAUGGGGCUGUCUGAGACCGUUGAAAGUGGGAUGGCAUGUGAUAAGGACACAGGUCUCUCCCCCAGCCUGUUCUCAGAGAGACAGUGGGGAAGAUGCAGGAGUUGGACUUGCAUUUUAGUUUUGAUUCUGCAGCUGGCUGGCAGUGUGGAUUUGACCAAGGGACCUAACGCUGUGGGUACCAAGCUCCUUAGCUUUCAACCAGGGGGGUCAUGGUCCCUGCCUCCUGCUUCACAGGGUUGAGAACCAUGUGACUUAAUGGACGCGAAUGCUGUUUGUGAGCAGUGAAGCCACACAGAUGUGUGCCAUGCAGUGAGAAACUUUGCAGAACCAAAGAUCCUUGAAGCUGCUGGUGGUAAAGGAGGUGAGGGAGACUGGGAAAGAGCAGCUUUGGCCAGGGCCCCUUGUACAAAACCAUGGAAGUCUACCCCAUCCUCAGCAAAUCAAACUUUUUUUAUUAGUGAAACUUCUUCCAUUUUUCUUUGUUGGGGAGAAGG